AUACUUAUUUACAGCUAAAUGUGUAGAUUGUGUACAGCUCUUUAGAGGAGUCUAGUUUAUUAGAUACUAUAGGUUAAUAAAGAGAUACACAUUUACACUACAUCGAAUACCUAUUUAUAUGCAUAGCUAGUGAUAUAGGUUAUACCCUGCGUAUACGUAAACGUAGGUAUAUUCGCGAUACAUGUGUGGACUGUGAACUGUGUUGUGGAGGAGAUGGCUCAUCUUGAAACUUAAUUUUAUUUCGUGAAUUCUCGACUUCGAGUUGUUGUUAACGUGCGCUGCCGACGACAACGACGACACCGCGGCCGCAGCUUUAAAAAGCCAUUAGCAAUUUUCGAGAUUCAACGUAAAAACCAUAAUUAUUAUAUCCGAUGCGCAUGCUAUAUUUAUCGAGUUGAUUUUCGCGUUCAUUUUACAUAUUUUCCAGUUUAAAAAAUCAAAAUGCGUUUUAGUAUACGAAUUUUCGCGACCGUUCUGAUCGUACUGCCUUUAAUAAGUUUGACUUUGGCAGCCAGAACAACCACCUUAAAGCCUACAACGACAGCAAAACCGAAUAAAACCGCCACAGCUACCAAGGCAACCACCAACAAGGACGGUAUUUCUUUAAGACUCGAUCAAAAUGCCGGCAAUUCCAAUAGAAAUUCUACCAGAGGUAAAAUAAUAACCACUCGUCUGGGUGCCAAUGGAAAUCCCGAGGAGCAGUGUCAAUGUACGCUGUUUUAUCUUUGUGAUCAAGAAAACGUGAUCGAUGUUCAAGCAGGAUCUGGAAACGAAUGUCCAGAUAACAGCAAUGUCUGCUGCAGAAUACCAUUAAAUUCCCUUACGACCGACGAACCUACACUACCUAGCGGUAAUAAUGGCAAUGGCAAUGGUAAUGACAACGGCAACGGCAACGGCAAUGGCAAUGGCAAUGGCAAUGACAACGGUAAUGGCAAUGGCAAUGUCAACAUCGGGCCUGUGGAAACGUCGUCUCAAACGCAGCCGGAAUGCACUUGCGUCCCGUUUUACCAAUGCCAGAACUACGAUUCUGAAGCGGCUACUGCCGGAGCUGGACUCAUCAACCCGAGAAUCCCUUGCACGGCGCCGGAUGUAUGUUGCCCGUUAGAUAGAGUGACUCCUGGAGGAAAUACCGGUGGUGGUGGUGGAGGUGGAAAUGGAGGCAAUCCUUCGAUUCCGCCAUCAGUGCCAACGUACACCGAUUCUACCCCAACGCAGACGCCUUUCCCACCCUAUGUUCCACCAACAGGUCCUACGCCUAGUCCCGAAGAAUGUGGCAUCAGAAGGGCAUCGGUUGAUAAUCGAAUUUCAGCGCCCGAACAUUUGGCUCAAACAUCUUUCGGCGAGUUCCCUUGGAUGGCUUUGAUUUUAACUACCGAAAUCGCUCCCAAUGGUACCCGAACUGAGAAUGUAUUUGUUUGCGGAGCUUCGCUAUUAUCUCCUUCGGUUGUUCUAACAGCUGCCCAUUGUGUCAAUCAAAUAGACUUCACUUUAUUGCGAGUACGAGUAGGAGAGUACAACACUCAUCAAGGAGCUACCGAACCUAUAAUUCAUCAAGAUCGCGCAGUCAGCAGAAUUUCAAUACACACUAGUUUCAACAACCGAGUAUUGUUUAACGAUUUAGCUCUGAUUAGAGUAGCAGAAGAUUUCGUUUUAGCUCAGCACAUCUCACCCAUUUGCACUGGUUUCACCAACUCUUUGUACGCUGAGCCAAGUUCAUAUAAUCCUGCUCAGUGCUUGGCCACUGGUUGGGGCAAGAACGCUUUCGGAAACAUUGGAAAUUAUCAAACGACGUUGAAAAGAGUAGACUUGACCAUUAUACCCAGAGACGAAUGUCAAAAUAGAUUGAGACAGACGCGAUUAGGCCAGCACUUUAUUCUAGAUGGCAGUUUUGUUUGCGCCGGAGGCCAGGCGGGCUUUGAUACAUGUCAGGGUGAUGGUGGUGGACCGUUGGUUUGCGCUUCUCGCGAUAACCCAAAUAGAUAUAUUCAAGUUGGUGUCGUUUCGUGGGGUAUCGGAUGUGCUAGCGAUAUUCCUGGAGUUUACGCAUCCUUGGAAGCGAAUCGAGAAUGGCUGACUACUGAAUUUAAUACCAUGACUGUGUUCAGACGUGGAUCGUGAAUCAACAGCUAACGAUCGGUACCGAAUCGCCAUUUUACGAGAAUUGCAAUUUCCAGCGUGCAUUGCCUGUAUACGUAGUAUUUAUGCGUUCACGCCGCGUGUGUUUGCCGUUUUGUGAUUUUAUUUUUCUACAAUAAAUAUAUACGUCUAUUUUUAUAAACAAAA